AUGUUGGCGGGCCUCGCAGCUGCACCGCACCAACCUGCCCCUAAUCUGACUCCUUAUCUAGCUCAGCAACAAGAGCAGCAUCAGCAGCCGCUCGCGGUACACAGUGACACGCAGCUUCAGUCAGCGGACCUGCUUCCCGUCCAACCCAGCCAAGCCGCUGCAGAGACGCCUGCUCCUCGGACUCAGUAUGCCAGCCCGUAUGUGACCCAGGUUGCGAUCAAUGCGACCCACGGUUUCCCUGUUGCACAUCAGCCAGGGACCACCAACCUCGCUUUCGAUCCAUCGCAGCCAGAGUUCGGUGCGGCAGCGCAAAACUCACAGCAUAUGACGCAGCAAAAUCCUGGAUCGUGGUCACAGUCAAAGACAUGGAUGAGUCAGGAGGCGACAGACCGCGCCGCCUUCUCUCGGCUCAUGACAAACCUUCACCACAUCGGGGUAGACAAGUCGCCCUUCAUCCCGCAGAGCCCGUCGGAGAUGGCCGCUCACAAGGCCGCCUUUGCCGAGGAUCGACGCAAGGAGCUGGAGGCAACGCUUCGCCAGCGGGAGAACACCGCGGAACGCAGGAAGCACUCGGGCCUCACAAAAGAAGAGCAGGAGCAGGCUGACGUGAAAGUUGGCCCGCUGUUUGGCGGCCGGCAGCUGAGCGCCGCCUUCUCCCCAGUGCUGGGCGCGCCAAACUGCUUCAACAACAACGACCCGACUCCCGAACACUUGCGUGCCGACUGGCCCACGAUGGCAGAGUACAAAGAAGCGCCAGUCGGUCGUUACGGCCGCGCCUUGCCCGUGCCGCGCAUGAACGUGGUCGACCCCGGCUACGCCCAGGCCCAUCCAGACGCCGUCUACAAUCCCGAUGGCACCAUCCGCUGGCAGGCCAAGUUGCCGGUCCCCAACUCGCAUUUACUUCUGCCCACCUCGCCACCCGAAGAGUGGUAG